AUGCCUGAAAGCAGCCUCACCGUGCAAUGGAUCGUCGACGAAGUAGUCAGCGUAGAGCAUGCAGAAAGCGAGGAUGAGCAGGUGCUCCUCGUCUUAGCCGGCGGCAGCCGUUUCUUCUUCAAGAAGCUCGGUGAACAUCUGCUCCUCCUCCUCCUCCUCGUCGGAGUCCAUGUCCUGCCAGUAAUCUCCACCGUCCUGUCCAAAUCACCAGGUGAUGCCACGAUGAGAUCCAUCAUCAUCCUAGUGCUCGUGAUCACUGUCAGUUUCAGCUUGCUGCUUCCAUGUCAUCUCGCUGCCACAGCAGCGCGCCGUAGUGUGCUCCCCCGCGGUGCGUCGAUCGCUGUCGAGGACCAUGAGACCGACUUCCUAGGCUCGCCGGACGGCACGUUUAGAUGUGGCUUCUACCUCGUGUCCCCGACGGUCUUCACCUUCUCCGUCUGGUUCGCGGGCGCCAAGGAAAGCGCCGUCGUUUGGACCGCCGACCGCUUGCGCCCCGUCCACAGCAAGGGCUCCCGCCUCACGCUCGACAAACACGGGGGCGCGCUCGUCCUCACCGACUACGACGGCGAGCCGGUCUGGAACUCCAGUUCGGCCGGCGCACCGGCGGCCUCGCGCGUCCGGCUCGACAACAGCGGUAACCUCGUCGUGGAGGAUGCACACGGGAAUCCGCUGUGGCAGAGCUUCGAAUCCCCGACGGACACACUGCUCCCGAGGCAGCCGCUCACUGCCACGACACGCCUGGUGUCGCGCGCCGAUGGCGGCAGCGACGGGCGGCUUCUUUCCUCCGGCUACUACAGCCUCGGGUUCAGCGACUACGCCAUGCUCUCCCUCUUCUACGACAAUGGCAACUUCUCCAGCAUCUACUGGCCCAACCCCUACAACAACUACAUCGACAACAAACGCAGGAUCUACAACUUCUCCCGCGAGGCCGCCAUGGACGCGCUGGGCCAGUUCUUCUCCAGCGACAACGCCAACUUCCAGACGGCGGACUUGGGCGCCGCCGGCAUGAGGAGGAGGCUGACGCUGGACGCCGACGGCAACCUCAGGGCUUACAGCCUGCACGCGACCAAAGGGACGUGGGCCGUGUCGUGGAUGGCGUUCGGUAACCCCUGCAUCAUCCACGGUGUGUGCGGUGCCAACGCGGUGUGCCUCUACGCGCCGGCGCCGUCCUGCGUCUGCGCCCCAGGCCACGAGCGCGCCGACCGGAGCGACUGGAGUAAAGGGUGCCUGCCGAUGUUCCGGCAGCACGACUGCGCGACACCGACGAAGCUGAUGGAGCUUCCGCAUACCGACUUUUGGGGCUACGACCUCAGCGACGGCGAGAGAACGACGUUCGACGAUUGCGCCAAGAGGUGCCGGGAGCGCUGCUCGUGCGUGGGGUUCCAGCACAAGGAGCACAGCAACAUGGAGUGCUACCUCAAGAGCGUCCUCUUCAACGGCAGGACGUUCCCAGGCUUGCCGGGGACGGUGUACAUCAAGGUCCCGGCCGACUUUGUCGUGCCGAAGAUCCACGUCCACCAAUGGCAAGAGCAUGUACAGGGUCCGCUUCACUUCUUGGAGGAUAACGUCACCGGCUGCACCAGCCCCCAAGGGCACCUCCUCCUCAACGUCUCUGCCUUGUCACAGGAGCACGGCCGCGAUGCGGCGGCGAAGCCGGUGUGGCCAUACCUGUACGGUUUCCUGUCUGCUAUGUUCGUGGUCGAGGCCGUCGUGAUAGGGCUCGGCUGCUGCUGCCUCUUCUCCAAGAAGGGGCUGUUCAGGCCGUCCUCUCCGGUGUACCCCAUGGACGAAGGCUACAAGCUCAUCCUCCUCACGAGCAGCUUCCAGCGGUACAGCUACGCGGCGAUCAAGAAGGCCACGGCGAACUUCGCCGACGUGAUCGGCCGCGGCGGUUCCGGCGUGGUGUACAAGGGCAUCCUUGACGACGGCCGUGUCGUGGCCGUCAAGGCACUGACGACGAGCAUCAGUCGCUGCCAUGGCGAGGAGGAGUUCGAGGCGGAGCUGAGCCUGAUCAGCCGGAUCUACCACAUGAACCUGGCGAGGAUAGUCGGCUGCUGUUCCCAAGGCAAGCACCGCAUCCUAGUCUCCGAGUUCAUCGAGAACGGCUCGCUCGCCACCAUGCUGUUCCCCGACGACAACGACGAUCACGACGUCCUCGGGUGGAGCCAGCGGUUCCGGAUCGCCGUCGGCGUGGCCAGGGGCCUGGCCUACCUGCACAGCGAGUGCCUCCAGUGGAUCAUCCACUGCGACAUGAAGCCAGAGAACAUCUUGCUGGACCGAGAUCUGGAGCCUAAGAUCACCGACUUUGGGCUCGCCAAACUUCUUGACCGCCGGCGCGACGGUUCUGGUUCUGGUGCUCGCACGGCCGGGCUGAACAACUCGAACCCGUCGCGUCGGAUCAGGGGAACGAGGGGGUACAUGGCGCCGGAGUGGGUGUCGAACCUCGACGUCAGCGACAAGGUGGACGUGUACAGUUUCGGCGUCGUGCUGCUGGAGCUAGUGAGAGGGGUCAGGGUGGCGGACGGCGGCGAAAAUACGGAUGUCAGGGCCGUCACGAAGGCUGCGCGCGAGAAGAUGCGAUCCGGCUGCGUGGAGGAUCUCGUGGACGAACGGCUCGCCGGCGAGUUUAGCCGUUCGCAGGUGGAGGUGCUGCUUGGGACUGCCUUGUCGUGCUUGGAGGAGGAGAGGAGCCGGCGGCCGAGCAUGAGCGCUGUGGUGCAGGCGCUCAUCUCUGUUGAAGAUGCGUGA